CCUCCUCUGGACUCCUCCUCCUCCCCCUGCUCCCUCUCCGCUCCUGCCCUUGAUCCCAUGGGGGCUGCUCACCGCAGCCAGCGCAUUCCUCUCGUUUCUGCCGCAGCCUACAGUCAGUCCUCAGUCUCUCCGCGCGGCUGCAGCUUCACGCGCUACUCUGUCGCUGCCUUGUCAGCGCGCGCGCGCUCACGAGGGUGAAACUCCAGGAACUCGCUGAUAUUUUCUGCGUUUUAUGAGAGUAAACUUCACAGGAGAGUCUGUCCUCGCCCUGCUUGAUGUGACGCGAACGGCGUCUUUGAUUUUUGCAGCAUCCAGGCUUAUGUUUGGGUAAUCUAAAGCUCGUCUCCCAGACUGAAAUGAGAACUGCUGAGGACUCUUCGGGAACGGUCCUGCACCGCCUCAUCCAAGAGCAGCUCCGCUAUGGAAACCUGACAGACACUCGCACACUUCUAGCUAUCCAGCAGCAGACUCUGCGUGGUGGGGGCAGUCCCCGCACCUCUCAAGAGAGCCUCACCCAAGAGACCCAGUACAUGCAGAUGUCCACACGGCAGGAACCUCAGGGACAGGAGCACCAGGGUAACUGUCUGCACUCCGAGAGCCCUUCAAGUCAUCUGUAUCAGCUCCACAGAGAGGAGCUGCCCACGUACGAGGAGGCCAAAGCCCACUCCCUCUACCUGAUCCCUCAGAAGGGACAGGUGGAACAGGGCAACCCCAGAGUGGAUACAGAAGUGAGUCAAAGUGAGGGACUGUGGGAUUUAAAGCGAGCACAUGCACGUUCUCUGAGUGAGAGGCUCCUGCAGCUCUCGCUGGAGAGGAACGGGCACAGAGAUGACCUGGCUCUGACCUCCUCACACAGCUAUCCACAACUUUACAACAACACUGCUCCAAAUGCUGUGGAGCAUGACAGACGGGGGCUCCAGCAGUCUCCAGAUCAACGGGGACCACCCCCGGACUAUCCUCUCCACGUCAGAGUUCCUGAAUACAUGCUAAGUCACUCAGAAGAGCAUGUGCAGUACCACAGAGACCCUCCUCCCCCCUUCUACUCUCAGCAUCACAGGUAUGUGUCUGCUCAAGUGGCUCACACCAGCAUUACAGCAGCCUCCAUCAGCAGCGACGUGUUGAUGCAGGAGAACGAGCGGCUCAGGAAGGAGCUGCAGGUGUACACCGAGAAGGCCACCAGGCUGCAGAAGUUGGAGCUGGAAAUUCAACACAUUUCUGAGGCUUAUGAGACGCUGAUGAAAGGCUCGGCCAAGCGGGAGACUCUGGAGAAAACCCUGAGGAGUAAACUGGAGGCAGAGAUUAGGAGGAUGCAUGACUUCAACCGGGACCUUAGAGAACAACUUGAUGCAGCUAUCGAACACGGAGCAGCUAAAGAUGCUGAGUGCGCUGACCCGAGGCAGCAUGUCUUUGUCAAACUCCUGGAGCAGAAUGAAGAGCAGCAGCGGGAGCGGGAACGACUGGAGAGACAGCUUCAGCAUCUGCGGGCGUCCGGGGAAGAAUGCCAGCAGAGGAGGGAGCUUCUGGAGCAGGCUCUGGCCUCGGAGCAGAACCGCAACAGGCAGCUGGAGGAAGAGCUGCUCCGAAAGAGAGCCUACGUGAAGAAGGUGGAGCGUCUGCAGAGCUCUCUGGCACAGCUGCAGGCUGCGUGCGAGAAAAGAGAGGUGCUGGAGCUGCGGCUGCGCACUCGUCUGGAGCAGGAGCUGAAAAGCCUCAGGGCGCAACAGAACCGAAAUUCUGAUCUCGCAGCUUCAGAAGUAAGCUUGUCCACGUUGCAGCUGCUGAGGGAAAGGGAGGAGUGUAUCCUGGCCCUGGAGGCAGACAUCACCAAGUGGGAGCAGAAGUACUUGGAGGAGAGCACCAUGAGGCAGUUUGCCAUGGAUGCAGCUGCUACUGCUGCAGCACAGAGGGAUACAACCAUCAUAAACCAGUCACCCAGACAUUCACCAAACAGCAGCUUCAAUGAAGACUUGCCUCUGUCACCUCACAGACACCAGGAGAUGGAGAACAGGAUCCGUGCGCUUCAUGUUCAGCUCCUGGAGAAAGACGCCGUUAUUAAAGUCCUGCAACAGCACUCCAGGUCGGAGCAAAGCAAGCUGGAGAAACGGGGGCUUCGUCCAACCAGGUCCGUCCCCACCAUCAGCACCAUGACCUGCAGCACGGAGAGGAAAGGAAAGAGCAUCUCCGAUGACCAGACAGGUGGUGCUGUGCCUAAACCCCCGUCCUUUGUCACGGCCAAGGGCCCGAGUCUAGACUCCAGUACCCAAAGAGACGAGGUCCAGCUGGAGCUGAAGGUCAGAGCAGAUGCCUCCAAGAUAAACUCAAUGGAAGAGAACUCAGCGGCUGCUACUGUUACGUCUGAGGAUCCAAAAGCCCUGCUCAAGACACUGAAGAGCACGAACACAGAGGCGAUCGAAAUCCUCAUCUAAGCCGUGACGGAUGUGAGUGAGAGGCGACGGCCAGGAACCGGCGGAAGCGUUUGUGGAGGGGGGGCUACCUGGCCCGGGCUGCUGACGGUGCAUGUUGUUUUUGAUAAGUUAUGGACUGUAUUUAUAUUUGUGAGAUGUUGGUGUGCUGUAGAUGUUGUUUGGGUUGACUAGAUUCUACUGACACACCCCAGAAGGGGAACCUUCUUAAAGUAAUGGAAGUAUUUAAACAGAUUCUAUGUUUGGAGGUUGCCCAGUAUUGCCGGACAGUUUGGAUUUAAACGAACAGUUGCUCCUCUCUCUAAUACAUUCGGGGGCCCUGCUCAGUGGAGGAUUUAGAAACUUCCUCUGAAUGCAGAGCUUGCAGAAGGCCUUCUCAUUUCUCCUUUAAAAAAAAACUCGGCGAGGAUUGACAGCAUUUCACCGGGGUCCAAUUUUCCAGAUCCCGAGUUAAUGUUUAGGGCCUCAGAUGGCGGCUGCCCAACAUUUUGCUCCCCUCCAACGACACGCUGGAGCUAAUCUUCUCACAUUCCUUGCUGAGGGAAUGUUCCUGUUAAAGAAAAAGGCUAUCUAAAGUCUGACCCCUCGGCCUUGUUGAGACGGAACGCAUUCUCCGCAUGAUUCCUCUUCCUGGGCUGGUCGUUCCCUCUGAGCCGUGGUAGCUGGUCCUACCACGGAGAUGGUCGCCUAUAAUUGGCCUGCAUUUGCUACACUAAUAAUUGUCUCCAUCACUGUGUUAUAUUCAGCAGUGUUUUCUCCAUUCUUCACGUAUUUCACAUGUCUGAGCAGACUACGCGCUCGGAAUGGAAUUUUCUAUUUAUUUCCCUGCUAACUGUAGGUUUACCAAACACUGCUGACUGUGGACUACUGUUUUAAGGAGCUGUGUUGUAUUUAACUGGAAUGUGUCAUAAUUCCAGUUAUGAGGACGCCCUGUAGGCCGCGCUCGCUGAGAAUGGGGUGGAUGGCUUCCUGUACCAGGAAGUCCAGCGGUUCUGUACAUACAGAACGUACUAGAAUUCUGAGGCGAUAGCCUUGAUCCCUCCCUUUUAAAGCUCGUGCUAGUUUCACUGUGUGUGUGUGUGUGUGUAACGUUUAUAUAGCAUUUCCCUUGAAGCCCAUUCAAUCCUAAUCUCCAUCUCUGUGCAUUUGCUGGUCGAUGCCCCGUCCUAGUUUCACUGACCUUCACAACAACUUUUGGAGUCUUGUUUACAUGAAUGGCGCAUUUGAAGUGACAAAACUUAAUAUAUUUUCUUUGUUUGUGUCUUUGCUCCCAUUUAUCUAUAAUUGUUUCCUUUCUCAGUGCCAAAGAUGCCGUCUGUGUUUAAGUUAUUACCGAUGAUGAAUACAAAAGGCUCUGUUAAAGGGCCUUGCUUCAGUUGGUUGAACCAAUGUUUUGUUGCUGUGAACUUUUGUAAAGGAAACAUGUAUUUACACCUUCACAUUUCACAAUAAUAGAUUAAAAUUCAUAAUAUAUAUUUGACAACAA